AUGGAUCCCUUCUCCCCGGUCCAACAGCCCGACGAAGGCUACUCCGAGGACCCUCUCAAUCCCCAGGAUAGCUCCGCCUUGAUAGCAUCUCUUUCAAGCUUCCAGUCGCCUUCCGAUCUCGCAGUAUGGAUAGCACGCAAUGCCUCCAUGUUCCCAACCCCCGUCAAAGCUGAACUCACCAUGGCUUUGUUGGAGGAGCUCCCCACAUCCACCAUUGCUGGUAUUGUCCAACGCCUCCGACCUCGACUUUACAUCGACUUCAUCAAUCACCUUCCUGCCGAAAUAUGUCUCAAGAUCCUCUCCUACCUCGAUCCCAUCUCUCUUGUCAACGUGCUGCAGACAUGCCGUGCCUGGUACGACCUGGCUUUGGAUAAGAAGCUCUGGGAGCGCCUGUACCAUCUCGAGGGAUGGAAAGUACUGUCUAAGGAAAUAGAGGCAGAGGAAAAAAAAAUCAACGAGAACAUGAACAGCUCCAUUAGCCAGAUGCAGUCUGCUGAUGGUCCUGUCAACAAGGUCCGCGCCAUCAUGAGCGAUGACGACGAGGAUAUGGAAAUGGUUGACACAGAGCGUACCCAAGCUUCCAAAGACAGUUUCUCCGGGCCGAGCUUAUUCGGAUCGCCUGCGACCUCGUUUUCCUCCAGCCGUCGAGCCAUAACGCCACUGGCCGAUGUCGACAUGUCCAAUUACUUCAACAAAGGAAAGGGGGUAGACAGAAGCUUUCCGUCAACUGACGUGCGGGCGAAGCGGAAAGCCCCUGAUAGUAGCCCUGGGCCGGCUACUCCCCAAACCUUGUCUCAAGAUCCCAACGCCUACCUGCGAUCCAACCUGUGGGCCUGGGAUCCGUCUAACUCCAGAUACCGACUCAAUUGGAAGUACCUAUACAGUAUGCGGCGGCGUCUAGAGUCUAACUGGGAACUGGGUAAAUUCUCAACCUUCAUGUUUCCUCACCCAGACCACCCCGAAGAGGGCCAUCAGGAGUGCGUGUAUACUAUCCAGUUUGACUCACGCUACCUCGUUAGUGGCAGCCGAGACCGCACCAUGCGAAUCUGGGAUAUCCAGACUUGCAGACUUGCCAGGGCACCGCUGGUGGGACACCUUGGAUCUGUGCUCUGCCUCCAGUUCGACGCAGACCCUGAAGAGGAUCUUCUUGUGUCCGGCAGCAGCGACUCCAAUAUCUUCAUCUGGAAAUUCUCGACUGGAGAGCUGCUGCAGAGAAUAACGCGGGCGCACAGAGAGUCUGUUCUCAAUGUCCGAUUCGACAAGAGAAUUCUUGUUACAUCAUCGAAGGACAAGACGAUCAAAAUCUUUAACCGAAGACCGCUACGCUAUGGCGACCUCGGAUACGAACCAGUUGGGACUGUUGCCACAACCCUAAAACCGUAUGGCUAUGAACCUGACCUUGCACAUGAGCUACCUGUCAAGCCCGAGUUCACCAUGAUUGGCCGUUUGGACGGACAUAGCGCUGCGGUCAAUGCAAUUCAAGUUAGAGGCAGAACCAUUGUCUCCGUCUCUGGCGACCGGCAGAUCAAAGUCUGGGACUGGCCAGAGCAAGUCUGCAAGCAAACGAUCCCAGCACACGAAAAAGGCAUUGCCUGUGUAGAAUUUGACGACAGACGGAUUGUCAGUGGCAGCAGUGACUAUGAGGUUUGCAUUUUUGAUGCGCCUACCGGCCUCAAGGUUGCAUCUCUUAGAGGACAUGCCAACUUAGUUAGAACGGUCCAGGCUGGUUUUGGAGACUUGCCAUACAGCAAAAUUGAGGACGAAGCCGAAGCACGGCUCGUGGACGCUGAAUACUUUAAAGCGAUGGAAGCUGGAGAAUUGGGCUCCGAGGGCGACCGCCGCUCUGCUCGUCGUAGUCGACGUGCUAACGCUGGCAGCUCCAAACCCGAAGACAUACAGGUUUUCGGCGCGAAGGUGCCCCCUGGCGGCGGUGGUGGCCGCAAAUACGGCCGGAUUGUGUCAGGCUCGUACGAUCAGAGUAUUAUAAUCUGGCGACGAGACAAGGAAGGCGUGUGGAGACCAGCACAUCACCUACGACAAGAAGAGGCCGCGGAACUCGCCCAAAGCCAGCAUGCCCAAGGCCUGUCAGCGAUGCAAGAUACUAUGCGUACCCCGCAGUCGAAUCUUCCGAUUCAUCCCCCGACCGCCGUCGUUCACCACGGCGUGGUCCAGCCGCCCCAGCAGCUUUCUGACUCUUCUCCUGGCAAUCAACGCAUCGCGGGCCUCUACAUGGCAUACAUCGACCAAGUCGUUCCUGCAGGAGUUGCGGCACUCGAACAUGCUCUGGCCAACUAUCCAGCCAUGCUUGGGUUCCACACGUAUCUGCAGUCUGCUAUCGAAAGAGAGGUCUCGCCACAUUUGCGACUUCAGCUUCGACAAGCAGUGACGAAUGCGCUGUCUAAUAUUCAGCAUGGUCGAAUACAGCGACUGCGGCGCGAGCCUAUGACUGCGUCACUGACCUCAUCAACCGCAGCCGCUGCUGGAUCAUCAAGUAGCAGUGCUAGUAGGAGGGCUGGCACAACUUCGCCGGCCGGAGAAUCAUCUACCGCGGCGCAAUCAUCUCAGCAAUCGCAGCAGCAAGCUCGACAGAGCGUGCACGCGGCUCCCUCGACUGCAAGCCGAGCCCACGCCCCAGUCCCAGCAGCAGCAGUACCAUUCCAAGCGGCGCAGGCUGGGACUCCGACACAUCAUCAUCAUAGACAUCACCAUCAUCACCACCCGCAUCUUACACCGGCCGAAAACGCGCCCGCCCGUGUUUUCAAGCUGCAGUUUGAUGCACGCAAGAUCAUUUGCUGUACACAGUCGCAGAUCAUUGUGGGAUGGGACUUUUGUAAUAGCGAUAGGGAGUUGCAGGAGGCCUCACGCUUCUUUGCCACCGUCGACUAA